UUAUUACGCAUUUGUCCGAAGUCGUUCAUUUUCGGCGAAAGGGAUAGAACGAAAGAGUAUACGGUACGAUUUGGCGGAGAUACAAAAUGGCAUGUUCUUAUGGGCGUGCAGUUCUACUUUCAUGUCGACGUUCGAUUUCUUACAGUACAAGAUAUUUAAAAGAGUGUGCUGAUUCGUUGGACCAUGCAACAGGAAUGGAAAAACGAGAAUUACUUGCUAAAGCUGCUGGUGAUGAUGAUCCUUUUAACUUGAAAGUUACAAAACGGGGACCUGGUACGAAAGAUUGUCCGAAUCUGGUACCAAGUGCAUUUAACAGUCGUAUGGUUGGAUGUAUUUGCGAAGAAGAUCAAUCGCACAUAAACUGGAUGUGGUUACACGAAGGAACUCCACGACGUUGUGAAUGCGGAUAUUGGUUUAAGCUUGUUGAAAAAGCUCCUCUUUAAUAACGCGUGAGAACAAAUUAGUGAACUGUUUAAAAUAUAGAAUUAAUAUUAUAUUAGAUAAAUGGAAAGAUAAUAAUUAUUUAUUGCCUAUCCAUAUUUAAUCUUUUUUGUUUGCGCGAUGUAAACUUUUGUUAACGACAUUGUACGAUAUGAGUAGCAUGCACAUUGUACUCAUAUAUCAUAUAUCAUAUAUGGAUACACGUAUUGACUGUAUACGUGUAUUUUACCUACAAUCAUAGAAAAUGCAGAAUAUACAUACGCCAUUGAAAGUGAAGAUGUUAACGAAAAUUUAAUAAAAAUUAUGGAAAGUA